UUUUAUCCUGCACGCAUAGCAACUUUAGUUUUCUCUAUUCACGGAACUGCCACGGGUCGAGGGAAUGCACUGCUGCCUGCGACUGACAGCCACACAACUGCGGCAACCACUCAUUCGCUGCUUUUUCUACUCUGCUUUUCCCAGGAAUUCACACUAUUAUCUCCAUUCGUCCCCAUUUGCGCGCCAAACUUUUUCUGAAACCUCUUGCCAAAUGCCCGAUUCCACCUCCACCGCCAAUGCGCCUGCCGGCCCCCCGGUGCGCCGCAAGCAGGAGCCUGCAGACUGGCUCCUGUAUCAGACAACGCGCAGCCCGGCGGUGUUCAACCUGCCCGUGUACACCAGCACGAUUGACUGGGAGCUGCCGAUGACCGAGGAUGACUUUCUGUAUCGCCGUCAGCUGCGCCAGCUGCGCCAGAACAAGCAGGGAAUAACGCGGCUGACCAUCAUCGACUUUGACAACACACUGUUCAACCCUCCGUAUCUAGAGCACGCGAGCAACCACUGGAUUGAGCCCGUCGUCAAGCUGGUGCGCAAGGAGACAGCGCGUAACGACACAUUAGUGGUGCUAUUGACUGGCCGCUCGCACAUCGCAUACCGCAAACUAGUACUUGGCUUGUUGGCACGCAAGAACUUGCUCGAUUUUGAUUUGGUAAUCCUGAAGGAGACGCCAACACGCGAGUCGCCGCUGGUCGCGCGUGUGAGCAAGGCCAAGUCGCCGUUGACAUUCGAUUACAAGAUGACAGUGGUUGAGGAUAUCAUCUCGGCAUUCCCAGACAUCUCCGAAGUCGCCAUGUGGGACGACCGUGUACACCAGUGCGAGAAAAUGCAGCAUUACCUGGACUCGCUCAAGGACCGCAGCGGGGCCAUACAUAAGGCGGUUAUUUACCAGAACGAGCAUGAGCUUGUCAGCGCCAUGGUUGACGAAUACAAUGCUCGUGAGCAGGAGGUGAUUGACGGUCUGCCACUCGGGUCGAUCAGACUGAGCAAGUUUACAAAGCACACAUUUGUCCAUCUGGAUACCCCCAGCCGGAGUCUGCUGGAGCGCUGCGUGCGUAGCCCACAUGGCUGGUCGCGCUUAACAUCGGCUGGUAUGCGGCUGAUGGGGCUCGAAAAGCCCCUGGCCAGUGACGAGCUCCUUGAGCAGUACAGGAUUUCGCCAGGCGGCCAGACGACGCUUUAUGUCAACGAGUUUGCUACGCUGCCGAACCGCCUGAUGGCGGUCAAGGUCCGGUCUCUGAAGAACGAAAGCGGGGAUCACAUUGUGCCGCCUGAGGGUGCUUCAUGGAUAAUUAUUGUUGGUGCCAACGCAGCGGGCGGUGCGCACACAGGCAUGGCAAAGUAUAUUCAGAGAUGGCUGGAGCUGGAGGGUACAUUUGAGGAGAAGAUUCUGACCAGGGCUGACAUCGUUAAGCGGCCGGUGGUGCAGAAGGCGGAGGAUAUCAGCCUGGGCGGUCUUGUGUGCCAGUUCUGGCCCGAGCUGCACGGCCCGAGCAUCGGCAUGGCUGUGCGCGAGGUGCGCCGCCGGAUGGCAGCCAAAGAGAUCGAGAACUCUGAGGAGAACAGGGCGGCGAUCACCGAGAUUGUGCGUACGCUGGCCAUGUCCAGCACAUAUAAUUUUUAAUGUUAUUCGGAUGUGUAGAUGUGCUUUUGUUUACAAUGAACAUGCCCA